AUGAAUCGCUCUAUUUCAAGGUGCUCCGCUUUUGCAAAGCGCUUAUAUUCCACAUCGAACCCUUCAAAUCCGCCUAGUACCUCGAAAUCCUCAUCUUCAACUAAACGGGAGCUCCAAGACCUCACACCUUCCGACCUAUGCUACUAUUGGGAUACAAAACAGCCUACAUCAUCCCAGCUCGCCUUUGCCGACAGGUUAUUCAUACCCUCACGUCAUUCUCCACUCAAGUUAUGGUCUGCAAGCAAGUUCCGCACGACACCGAUGUCCUCGGUCGAGCCUGAAGUCGCAUUUCUCGGCCGUUCCAAUGUCGGCAAGAGUUCGCUGUUGAAUGCCGUUAUGGGACAAGAGAUAUGCUGGACAUCCUCUAAACCAGGCCGGACAAGGGAAAUGAAUGCAUUUGGUAUUGGUGGCACAAAAGGUGGUGAAUCAAAAGUGGUACUUUUAGAUAUGCCAGGAUAUGGAAAGGCUAGUCGAGCGGAAUGGGGAAUGGAGAUCUUGAAAUAUUUACAAGGGCGAAAGCAACUUCGCCGCGCAUUCAUCCUCAUCGACAGCGAGCAUGGAGUCAAGAAAAACGAUGCAGAUAUCCUCAAGCUUUUCCGACGCUAUGCUAUUCCCCACCAAAUAAUCCUCUCCAAGGUCGAUAAAGUCCUCGCCAAAAAGAAAAAGCAGGUGAAAACGGGUGUUUCAGAUGUGAGUGUUCAGCGACUACACAAAAUGCUGCACGAUCUGAAGACGGUUAUUCAACCGGACCCGAGCAUCUCAGAGGGACCUGGUGCACUUGGUGAGCUUGUCACCUGCAGCGCAGAUGUUCCCAUUGGUGACGGACAGUUCCUUGGUAUGAAUGCUGUCCGAUGGGCCAUUUUGUCCGCGGCAGGAAUUGAUGGGAGCUUAGAAGAUGGAAAACUUGCACCAAAAGUCGAGGUGAUACCUCAAUCGUCCGACCUUCCUGAAUCAUAG